UAUUCAAGAUAAUAUGUCAAUCUUAAAGAAAAAACCAUUGCUAAAUAAAUUUUUAAACAACCAUAAUUUUCAAGAAGAAUUAAAUGUUAUGCCAGUACCUUCUACUGCUACUAAUUAUAUAGAAAAUUGUGAAGAUAUUUGGAUGAAUGACAUGGAAGAAAGUAGUAUAAGUUCCGAGUAUAGUUCUGAACCUGUUAUAUAUCAUAUAAAAGAGAGACAAAUAACAAAUCAACAGCCAUGGAAUACAGAGGAAAUUAUUUUGGCUCUAUCUGAUCUUCCAGCAGGAAAGCAAGUACUUUCUAUUAUUUCUACACUGCAUGGAGAUAUUUUGGACAAAGUUUUACAUGAAUUUCUAAACACUGAUAACAACAAAAUGAAGAAUAUUCAAAAAACUCCUACACCUUUUGCAGAUGGAUGUGUACAAAAUACACUAAUGAAUACUGAAGAUGAAACAGGUUUGAAUACAACUGUACUACAACUUUUCAUGAGAUGGCCAAAUACUUGUCUUCUAGUUUCUUGUUAUCUAGGUUACGUAAAGGUGGUCAAAGCUUUACUGAGCAAGAAUGCAAAAAUUUCAGCAAGAGACAGUGACGGCAGGACACCAUUACAUUUGGCUGCUUGUACAGCUUCAUUAACAAUUUUGGAAGAAUUACUAAAAUAUGGAGCAAAUCCAAAUGAAUGGGACUUUAGUAAAAAAUAUACACCUUUACAUUGUGCUGCUGCUACUGGAGAUCUUGCAUGUGUUAAAUAUUUAAUAAAAUCAAAAGCAGAUGUAAAAGCUGAGAUAUAUGGAAAAAGUCCUCUUUACUAUGCUGUGUUAAGUAAUGCAGCAGAUUGUGUCAAAGCUUUAUUAGAAGCAGGUGCUUCUCCUAAUAAUUCACAGGUUUAUACAGAAACACCAUUACAUGUAGCAGCUGGUUUGGGUUCUGUUAUAUGCACAAAACUAUUGUUAACUUAUGGAGCUGAUGUAAGAUUUCAGUUUGGUCCUAUGAAAUCUACACCAUUGCAUCUAGCAGCUGAGGAAGGUAGUGCUGAAUGUACAAAGUUAUUGUUAGAAGCUGGUGCAGCAUGCGAAGCACAAAAUGCAAGAGGACAAACACCAAUGCAUUUAGCAGUUUUGUCUCAAUCUAUAGAAACAUUAGAUAUACUUCUGAAUAUUGGAGCUAAGGUUAAUAUCGAAGAUAAUGAUGGUCGUACUCCAUUACAUGCUGCAGUUGCAAAAUCUGCUAGGGGAAUAGAGAUGGUGAAAAUUUUAUUAAAGGCUGGUGCUUUAGUCAACAAGGCAGACAAAUUUGGUUAUACACCUUUACAUAUUGCAGCUUUAAAUGAAAAAUCAUCAACAGUAAUAACGCUAUUAUCAAAAGGAGCAGACCUUACUGCUAGAACAAAAGGUGGCAUUUCUGCAUUAAGCUUUAUUGUGCGCAGAACUCCAGAUGUAUUACCACGAUUUAUUUCACGCUUGGAUCAAGCAAUUUCUUUACAUGAUCAUGAAUUAGGUGAUGUUGAUUGCGAAUUAAGAUUAGAUUUUAGACCAUUAUUAUCAGGUGGCAGAGGAGAAACAGAUUUAAUGCUAUGCCUUGUGGAAGCUGGACAAAGACAUGUAUUAAAACAUCCUUUGUGUGAAAGUUUUCUUUAUUUAAAAUGGUUAAGAAUUCGCAAAUUUUUUUUAUUAAGUUUGAUAUUUCAUUCCAUAUUUGUUGCAUUUUUUACUGCAUAUAUUGUAGUUGAAAAAUUUAGAAGUGUACUUUUUUGGCCAGUAUUAAUAUUUACUGUCACGUUAGCUAGUAAAGAAUUUUUUCAAAUGACUCAUGGUGUGUGUAGUUAUAUUAAAAGAUGGGAAAAUUGGCUUCAAUGGAGCGUUGUGUUACUAUCGAGUAUUGUGUUAAAUAUGCCAAAACAAUACCAUAGUUUGCAAGGUCAUGGUUGGCAAUGUCACUUAUCAGCUAUAAGUAUUCUAUUAAUUUGGAUACUAUUAAUGAUGGUAAUUGGGAAAUUUCCAAUGUUUGGCCUUUAUAUCCAAAUGUUUACUCAAGUAUCAAUUAAUUUCUUUAAAUUUCUGGGUGCUUAUAUAUUCCUCAUAGUAGGGUUUUCUUUAGGUUUUAAUGUAUUACUUCAAAAUGAUUCAUUUAGUUAUCCAUUAAUUGCUCUGUUGAAAACUAUUGUAAUGAUGUCUGGGGAAUUAGAAUUUGAAGACAUAUUCAUUAGUACACAAUCACCAAUUGAACAUUCUGGUACUGCUCAUUUAAUGUUUUUAAGUUUUGUUAUCUUAGUAACAAUAAUUUUAGCAAAUUUAAUGAUGGGCCUUGCUGUAUCAGAUAUACAAGAAUUAAGAAGAUGUGCAGGAUUAGAUGGAUUAGUACGUAGAGCAGAAUUAGUAGCACAUUUGGAACACAUGUUAUUUUCUAAACUUUUAGAUCAUGCACCAAAUAUAAUAAUGAAGGUAUGCAGACGAGGUGCACUUUUGUUACAUCCACCACAUUACUGUGCAAUCUAUAUUCGUCCUAAUGAUCCCCGCGAAAAACGUUUACCACAAGAACUAAUAAAAGCUAUCUAUUGCUUAGUAACUGAAAGAAAACAUAAGAAUAUAAGAACAAAAGGAUCAUCUAUAUAUAAUGCACAUAAUAUAGAAAUGGAUAUUUUUAGAUUAAAUCGACUUUAUAGCAGUACCUCUAGUGAUAACAAUCAACAAUUAAAUGAAUUAGCUGAUGAAUUAAAAAGGUGUUCUUUUAAUAUUACUACACGUUUGGAUAAGUUAACUAGCAAAGUUGAAAGUAUUGUUAAAGAUUGCACUAACUCAGUAUGAUAUAAUAGUGUAUAGAACAUUGAUUUUAUUACUAUUUACUUACCA